AUGGCGGAUGAAAGUGAGAGUUAUCCAUUGCACGAAUGCGUUUUUAAAGGUGACGUGAGAAAACUAUCUUUAUUAAUUAGAUUAAAUGACAUUAGCAAGAAAGACAAACAUGGAAAUACAGCAUUACAUUUGGCAGUUAUGCUUGGAAGAAAAGAGUGUGUCCAAUUGUUGCUGGCUCAUGGAGCUCCAGUUAAAGUAAAAAAUUUGGCUGGAUGGAAUCCCCUAGCUGAAGCUAUUAGCUAUGGGGACAGGCAAACCAUAUGUUCAUUGGUGAGAAAAGUUAAGCAGCAAGCUAGAGAGCAAAUGGAAGAGAGGCGUCCCAAUCUUGUAAAAGCUUUAAAUCAAAUGGGUGAUUUUUAUAUGGAAUUGAAAUGGGACUUUCAAAGUUGGGUACCCCUUGUUUCUAGAAUAUUACCAUCUGAUUUAUGUAAAAUAAAUAAAAAGGGAUCUUGCAUAAGACUCGAUACAACAUUAGUCGAUUUUAACGAUAUGAGAUGGGAAAGAGGAGAUAUUUCAUUUAUAUUUAAUGGAAACGAAAGGCCGAAUAAUUCGUUAACAGUGCUAGACAAUAAGGCGAACAUAUAUCAAAGAGUUAAAUAUGAGGAAAGUGAAGUGGAAAUAGAAGAUGAAGUAGAUAUAUUAAUGUCAUCAGACAUAAUGGCUGCUCAAAUGUCGACUAAGUCAAUCUCUUUUAGUAGAGCUCAAACGGGAUGGAUUUUCAGGGAAGCACGAAAGGAAAUGGUCGGAUCUUUUCAAGCUGAUUUUUAUGUGAUAAACGGAAUGCUUUUGGAGUCUCGUAAAAGGCGAGAACAUUUAACUGAAGAAGACUUGCAAAAGAAUAAAGCUAUAAUGGAAAGUUUAACCAAAGGCUCUGCCUCAGCUUUGGAUUCCAACGGAGAACCUAGCAGAAGAGCUUCUUUAACUCCUCCUCCGGAAAGUAAAGUUACCUGGAACGAAUACAUAUCAGCAGAACCUGGGGAGCAUCCAACAUUAGGAAGAGAAAUAAUGUACAAAGAAAGUACAAAAGCUUUUAGACCUACAUUAGCAAUGAGCCAGGAUUUUCCAUUAACGGUUGACAUGCUUUUAAACGUAUUGGAAGUGAUUGCUCCGUUCAAACAUUUCAACAAAUUAAGAGAUUUUAUACAAUUUAAGUUACCCUCCGGAUUUCCCGUCAAAUUAGAUAUACCUAUAUUGCCGACCAUAUCGGCAAAAAUCACAUUCCAAGAAUUCGAAUUUCGAAAUAAUAUAUCACCGGAACUUUUUGAAAUCCCUCCACAUUAUGUUGAAGAUCCCACAAGGUAA